AUGAUUUCGUACAAAGUGAUGAUGAUGGUGUGUAACGUGAAGUUCAGGAAGCGUGCGACUUGUAAGUGUGAGAAUAUAAAACGAUUUGAAAUAUUAUUAGUAGUCGACACGGCCGUUGGAGUACCAUUUAUGGGACGUAAAAUGAUGGCUAUGUCUUCACCCUUGUUAGAAAUAACUAUAGAUGGUGAAACAAUGAUGAUCAAAAAUUCCUCCUUGAUCCGCACAGUUGAAUAUAAGUUCAAAUUGGGAGAAGAGUAUGAGGAACAUAUGCCUAAUGCAGUGAUCAAAAGUGUGACAACAAUUGUCAAUGACAAUGAGCUGAUAACAAAGUCAGUUGUUCCCGAAUCCAAUGAGACAUGUGGCCGUCAUUAUUUAUUCACUGAUGAUGAAUGUGUUAUUACUCUCACGCAUGACAGAGUUAAGACUCCCGCCAAGCGUUAUUUCCGUAGAGUUAAAGAAUAG